AUUUCUAUAAUUCCUUUCCCUGCCAAUAUAAUUUUUUUUACCUUUCUGCAGUAUUAGCCAAUAAACUAUAUACUAUUCUCCAUCACUUUCGUGUUACUAUUUCAUCUACAAGAUGAGAUCUUUUUCAUGAAUCCUGGCUUUGUAUUAUUUUCACAUUGAAAUAUCCAUGUUCGCAAUUUGAUCAGAUUCUUGCGAUUAAGUCAAGAAUCUGAUCAAAUUCUGAUAAAUCAAGAGGAAGAAGCAGAGAAUAUCUGAAGAUUGUGUUUGUCUCAAAGAUGAGUUUUCGACUCUUCAUAAUCCCGCUUGUGUGUGUUUUAUUUUCCUGAAUAUCUAUUUUAAUACUAGUACAUUAUAAAUCUUGUUAAGAUAUGUGUAAUGCUGCAGUAGCAGAUUACGUUAAAGAUAGUAGGAUUUGUGAGUGAAACGUCGUCAUGGGUUGGAGAUUUUGUAGAAUAUAAGUCGAUCUUGGAAUAUUGGGAGGUGUUCGAGAAAAAAGGAUUUAUUUAUAUUUGGGGAAUCUGUGACAGUGUCAGCAGAAAAGGGCUGGAAGGAAUAGAAUAGACCUCUGGAUGCAAGCAAUAUAUCAAAUAAGUACUUAAGUAAUUUACUAUCAUCGCUGUGUAUUACAGUAAUCCCAUGUCAUAUCUUCGAAUGUCAGCCAAAGAUUAUAUAGCCCAUAUAGACCUGCAGUAUAUCCAGUUCAUUUAUAGGCUUUUGCAUGCGCACAUAUUUUGAGAGAGAGGGGAUUUUCUAUACUUUAAUGCUACACCCUCAAAAGGUAUUUAAUUAUAUGAAAUUUUUCACAAGUAUUAGGCCUGAAAACUUUCUGCACAUAUUGGUGAUUUUAGUACUUGUUUAAUUAUUGUUUUUUUACAGAUGCAUUUACUAUAAUUUAUGUUUGAGAGCAAGGUUCUUUCUGAUUAAACUUUAAUGGUCUUGAAAUAUGUUAGUAGUUGGGAAACUAUAAUAUCAUCAAUCAAUUGCAUGAAAAAGUGUGUCAGCUGCUGAUAUUUUCUAGUGGUGAUUCUUCUCUAAUUACAAAUCUACAAAGUAGCUAGAUUGCCAUUAAAUUUUUUCACUUCAAAUUGUAUUUUCCCUUUUGUGGCUUUGGGAUUUGCUACUGGGAGUUAUUUCAUCAUUCAAGAAGGGGUUAGUUACUAUUCACAACCAUAUACAAAAACUUGGUUUGACCCUUUUGUCCUUUCUGUGCUCCCAGUGAUUCUCACACUGGGUUGUAUGUGUUCAAACUUUCUUCUAAAUUUUGUCUCCUUUUUUAUUUUUUUCUUACUAUUUUGUUUGCUUAAAAAACACAUUUCUCAGUUUCAUUUACUACAUAAUAUCUCAUUUGCUUGGAUUUUCUUUCUCAUGUCAUAUCGAUGAUUAUUUCUUGUUUUUUGAUGUGGGAAUACUAACCCUUUUCUUUGAUGAUCCGAUUUUUGCGUUUUUUUUUUUUUAAUCUUUUUCUCCAAAAAUAGAAAAAGACUGAAUGUUGAAGUAGAGGAAGAUGAGGGUUGAGCAAGGAGAUGAUGGAGGUGGGGGGGAGCAGACAUCUUCCACUUGUCAUCCAUAUCCACCUCCAUUGGCUACAUAUGAGGAUGUAGUGUGCUCUCGUGACCUUUUUAUGGAUUCUUUGAAGAAGCUCCAUAUUUCCAUGGGAACUAAGUUCAUGAUCCCGAUCGUAGGGGGUAGGGACUUGGACUUGCAUCGCCUCUUUGUUGAAGCUACUUCUCGUGGUGGCAUUUCAAAGAUUAUGAGUGAAAAAAAAUGGAAAGAAGUCACUGCAGUUUUCAGCUUUCCAUCCUCAGCCACAAACGCUUCUUUCAUACUUCGCAAGUAUUAUGUUUCGCUGCUUUACCACUACGAACAAAUCUACUUCUUUAAGGCGAAAUAUUGGUCUCCUACAGCUUCUGAUGCUAUGCAAUCUUUGCCUCCGAUCACACCUCCUCCCUUUGGAUGCCCUGAGUAUGUGACGUCAGUGUCACAACGAACACACUCAGCUUCACCACAACAGAAAGCAAACACUGAAACAUUGAUUCCUCAAGUAUCAUUAACACCAUCAGCAGCUGGUUCUCCUGUGUGUGGUGUGAUCGAUGGUAAAUUCGAGAGUGGAUAUCUCAUCACCGUGAAAAUUGGAUUGGAGGAGUUUAAGGGAGUUCUCUAUCAAGUCCCAAAUAGUGAGAAUCAAAUGAUUCAAACACACAUCAACAAUCCAUCACUAAAAUCAGGAGCUCCACGUCGCAAGCGGAGGAAGAAAUCCGAGAUCAGAAAGAGGGAUCCCGCCCAUCCGAAGCCUAACAGAAGCGGCUACAACUUCUUCUUCGCGGAGCAGCAUGCAAGGCUCAAGCCACACUACCAUGGCAAGGAUAGAGAGAUAAGUAGGAUCAUCGGGGAAUCAUGGAAUAAGCUGCAAGAACCCGAAAGAGCAGUUUAUCAAGAAAAGGCGCUCAAAGACAAGGAACGGUACAAGAUGGAGAUGGAGGUGUAUCGGGAGAGUUUGCGAACGGGGCAGAUCACGACGGGCACGGCAGCACCCGUGCCCCAAGUGAGCCUGGCUGAUCUCAACAGCAAUGUGGUGGCGUUUGAGGGGGCUGCGGCCCCCUCUGCAUCUGCAUGCAACGAAGAGCAUGAGGCGAGCUCGGAUAAGAGCAACAUGGAAGGGUUUGAGAGUGGUGGCGACAAGGACUCGAAUUGUGGUGAGUGCUCGCAGGCAGAGACGCAGCUGAAGAAUGUGGACAUUGAGGUUGUGGCCGAUGAGGCUUUCGAUCUGCAGACGAGGCCGGAUGGCGAGGAGAAGAGCUCCGGCGUGGUGGAUCAAGGUAAGAUGUUGUCUGAAGAUGGGAUAUCGGUUCCUGUUGAAGGGAUAGAACUGCUGCAGCCACCUAGUAUUGGUAAUGAAUCAGUUGCAGACUUGUAGAUUUUCUGCUGCAGGAGAUAAAUUAAUUCUCAGUAUAGUAGUUUCUUUUCUUAUAUACCAUGUCAAAAAGUAGAACUUGUUGUUUGGGAAGUCUCAUUUUGUUAGUAGUAUGAUUGAUAGUAUUAAUAGAUCAUUUCUCUC